GUAGUCAACACAUGUCUGCGUGAGGUCUAGAAGAGUGACGAUAACACUUUACACAUCACAUCACUGAGACAAGUCACACUCGGGAGAAAGAUGUUCAGCUGGUUGUUUAGACAGGAUACGGUGACUUCUUGAACUUUCCAUUGUUCUGUCCUUCACAAGAAGGAAAACAUCUUAAAAGCUUACCAAGCAUCUGGCUGUUAAGACCCAGCUCAGACUGAAAAUCUUAAACCAUCUGCUGAAUAAGAUAGGGGCAAAAUGUCCUGUCUUGAUGAGGUACCCUUCAAAAUCCCUCUUGGCUUUCUUGAGGAGGCAAAAGAAGAAGUGGAGCUUAUUACAGCCCCAGAAAUCACCCUGCCAGACUACCUGAAGAUACUGCAGGAAACUGAGUAUGUAUUCAGCCUUGAGAACUGGGUUCUCACGGGUCUCCAGGGUGGCUAUCCGACCCUCCUCCAUCCCGGCUUCUCAUGUGAGCAGACGGCCACCUGUCCUCCGUAUUGGAUGAUGUUCAGCAGCCCUCAGGUGAGCAGGUUAGCCAGCCGCUGGAGCAGUGACUUCUGGGAACCCAACCCACGUCCCCGCAGCCGCAGCUUAAAUGCGGCCCACUACCGUGCCAUGAACGACCGGGUGAAAUUCACCAUCUCAGACUCAGAAGAUGAUGAAUUUACAGAAGAUAGGGCUGACCUUGCUGAGAAUUUUCAACAGCCCAAACAGGAUAGUUUGGGUCUACCAAGGCAAGGACAGGGAUUAAAAGACUUGAGCACUUGCAGAUCAUCAAAUGUUCUCAACCUGCCUUCACCUUGCAGCCUCUCUGCACAGCAUCAGGGGAACAUCCGGCAGUCUUCUCUCUGCAAGCCUACUUCACCCAAAAAUAAUUUCCAGAGGAGCCAGAGUUCUGCUGGACAAACUAGAGUGUCCUUCGCAACCUCAACCAACAAUUUGCAGUCUGAAUGCAUUUCUACACUUAAACACAACACACCCAACCCAAAGGUCCAGGGUUCAUCCUACUCCCCAGCUCCAUCACGGCCACUCAGUUCCCACGCCGCCAUUCUGGACUCUUCGGUUGAGCUGCUCUCCGCUCUUAGCCAGGAAGAGAGGGAGCUGCUAGCGGCCGUGACCGAGCAGGGCUACCCUCUCCGUACCGCCAUCAUCACUCUGCAGAAGACAGGCCAGCAGAGCCCAGAGCAGAUCUUGAGUUAUCUGGUGGCAUGUGAUAGGUUAUGUGAACUUGGCUAUGACGAAGUUCAGGUUGAGGAAGCGCUGGAAAUGUUUCAGAACUGUGAGACUAAGGCUGAGGAGUUUCUUCAUCUGCUUGCUCAGUUUAAUGAAAUGGGCUUCCAGCAGAACACCAUUAAAGAGGUUCUGUUGAUGCAUGAGAACCACAAAGAGCGAGCGCUGGAAGAGCUCAUGACCCGCGUGGCCUGACCAAAUCAGUGUUAUGAUGACAUGAACAAGCUGCUAUCAUGGUUUAUGCUAUUUAGAGCAUACAUAUAGUUGUUGGUUAUUUAUUAUAUAAGCUAUGUAUAUUUUUUCUAGACUUCUAGAAUUUCGUUGAGUGAGAUUCAUGGCCUUGGGGAAAAGCACAGUUUGCCCAUGUUCACAAGAGAAUGAAACAUAAAUUUACAUGUUUUCAUAGUCUUUUCUGUAGUAACAAAAAGUUGUUUUUGCUCCUCUGUUGAUAUAAAUGGAAAUCAUAAGAAGUUAUUAUGUAAAUUAUCCUGGGAAAUUCACAGAACUAUUAAACUCUCUCUCUCUCUCUCUCUCUCUCUCUCUCUCUCUCUCUCUCUCUCUCUCUCUCUCUCUCUCUCUCUCUCUUUUUCUUUUUUUGAACUGCAUUAGAAUUGUUUAUUACAUAAAUACCUGUAAUAUUGUACAAUGAGGUGAUUCAAUAUACUAUGAAAUAAUUAGUUAAAAUGACAUAAAAAUGGAUAAAUAGAGUCUUUUUUUGAUAUUGUUUUAGCGUUUUCAGUUUUCUGUGUGGUGCAUCCAUUUUCAACAUGCAGAAAACACAAAGUGAGAAUGUAUAAUUAGCACAUUUUGGUCUGUAUUUAUAUCUUCUUAUGUAAUGUAUAUAAAUAUAACAUUUGCAAUAUGUGUCAUUCAAAACUGAUCUAA